AUGCACAUUAGCCAUAGCCCCCCCCCCAUGCUGGCCACGUCGAUUGUGAGCAUCUCUAAAGAACCCCAUCUAUCGUACGGCAUCAUGGUCCAGUACGGCGAUCGAAGAUGGGUCGUGUACAAGCGGUACUCUGAGUUCCGCCGCCUGCGCAAUUCGUUGCUCGAGCUCACGGCGGCCGCGGACUGCGCCUGCCGUAGCGUGUACUUGCCCCUGUCGUCCAUGUCGUUUCCCCGCAAAAGGCUACACAUGUUCUUCACAUCGGAUCAAGUAGCCAUCGAGCGCCGGGCCGCCCUCAGCCAGUUCCUCACCGUAUCCCUCGCCUUGCUGGCCCACAGCGUCGCGUUGUGCGACCCCACCACCACGUGCCCCAUCCUGCCCCUUCUUAAGACGUUCCUUCAAGUGCAACGACACGCCCAAACGCAUCAACUGGCAUCUCCACGUCACUCGAGUCCUGCGGUAUUCAAUAAACGCAUGGCGUCGCUGGAUCCGUGGGUGUACACAAUUCGAGAGCAUGCACAAACGAGCGACAGUAGUCCUCCUCGUUUCCGUGGCGUGGCGUCUCGAUAG